AUGUGUCAUGGGUCAAAACUCACUAACUUCCUAGGGAAAAAACGUGAACGUCCACCUUGAAAUAGCAGCAAAUUUCAAGCAAAUACUUUUCUCGCUUCUCCCCGCGGAACAUUGAGCAUCUGGGGUAAAACAAAGCUCACUGGUUCUUUCGGGCCAGUCAUUAAGUGCUUAAGACUAAAAAAAUGGACAAAGCACAAGUGUCAAAAUAUAAAUAUGGCUAAUGGUUGUUUGUAUUUAAAGCAGAUGUAGCAAGUUCAAUUUCUACUUAACAAGACUCUCCACCAUUAAAUCACUUAUACCAUUUUCGCAUCGUCUACGAGUACACCAUGAAGGCAAAGUUGUUACUCAAUUUUUUCUGGCUUGUUUCAGCAUUGGCAUCAUCUCCAGAAGAGAACGGCGACACCAGGGAUGACGAAUUGGUUGAAGGUGACAUGAAGUUCUCACCUGGGCAGACAAGAGGUUCAAUUUCAAACCGACUGUGGCCCAAUGGAGUGUUUGUCUAUGACAUUGACAAGUCCUUACUCAAGGAAGCCGUCGCGAUGUCUGCGAUAAAUGGCGCAAUGAGGGCCUGGACUGUCAAAACACAGGGCUGCAUAAAAUUUCGGAAACGAAGAGGAGACGAACAGGCAUAUGUGUCCUUUUUCAGAGGUGACGGGUGCUGGUCCUAUGUUGGAAGAAAUGGUUACAAGCAACAACUGUCCCUCUCAGGAGGUUGCUGGCGUCAUGGAACCAUCGCUCAUGAAAUCGGACAUGCUCUUGGAUUUCUUCACGAACAAUCGCGCCCGGACAGAGACAAUUAUGUCGAAAUCAAGUUUGAAAACAUUCGGUCGGGUUUCGAAGGAAAUUUCCGAAAGUCAUAUAGCACAGACUCGCUGGGGACGCCCUAUGAUUAUGGGUCGAUCAUGCAUUAUGGGGCGAGGUACUUCUCUAAAAAUGGAAAGCCGACCAUUGUGCCAAAGAAAGCUGGGGUGUCUAUUGGUAACCGAGUGGCUCUUAGUCCUGUCGACAUCGAACAAAUGAAGAGACUGUACAAGUGCAGCGGAUCAUCAGUAAAUCCUCAAACUCCGCCACCCCGAGUAACCCCUCCACCAACUGCAUCUUUUUCUUGCAAUUUCGAUAAGAGCCUCUGUGGUUUCAAGCAAGACAAAGAUGACAAAUUUGACUGGAGACGACAUAGCGGGAAUACACGUUCUGGUGGCACAGGACCAAAACAGGAUAACACUUCAGGAAAAGGUUAUUACGUAUACAUUGAGGCUUCCAGUCCGCGUGAACCUGGUGACAGUGCCAAAAUAUCCCGAAUGGUUUCACUGUCUGGAGAGUCUUGCCUGAGGUUCUAUUACCACAUGUAUGGAAACAACAUGGGAACUCUUAAGGUUAAGCUAUCCGGUCAAGUGAUUUUCAACAAGAGUGAAGACCAGGGAGACAAAUGGCACAUGAAACAAAUUAGUCUUAAAGGAAAAGGAAUUAGAAAGUUGACUUUUGAAGGGAUUAGAGGAAGUAGCUACAGAGGAGAUGCUGCGAUUGACGACAUCGCCAUAUUUGAUUGCUAAGUUGAAAAUUCAGCGAAAUACCAAGUCGAUACAUGAAAAUGUAGAAUUUGCAUUGAAAUAAAACGGACAUGUACGAUGAA